UCAUAGAACAAUCACAUUACCUCAUGUCAUAAUCUAUGUUCUUUGAUAUAAACUGAAGAAUAUAACAUUGUAUUUACUCCUUUGAUGUGAGAUUUUAUCUCUCUCUUUUUUUCAGAUUGUCAUUUUUUAUCCUAUAAAGAUCCUUUCACUCUCGUUUUUAACCAGAACAGCACAGGAAGACAACGACUGACUACAAAGGCGCAAGGAAUGCCUCAGUCUGAGAGAGAAAGUGACAAGAGGGUGAGUGGGAGAGAAAAUGAACGACAGCCACAACUAAAAGAAGAGCGUGACGCAUCUCCCCCUCUGAUAAGCGAACGUUCUUCACCCCAGUGCGUGGAAGAUCUUUCGCCUGCUGUACGUUCUAAUUCUGCCCCUCAGACAGUGGCACCAGUCCAGCUCAGCCAUACAGCUCCAUCCAACAACUCAACAUACUUAAAACGUCCACUAAGCCAGAGAACUGGUGAUGAGGAACGGAUGCAUUUUCUUCAGCUAGUGUUUCAGAAUUCUCGAGCUGGCCAGAUCAGGCCGUCUGUACUCCGCUCUACGGCUCUCCUGCUUCAGGCAAAUGACAGUCACUCAGCAGCCAUGAACAGAAGAAAAGACACCGGUCACGGCGCACAGAUUUCCAUACAAGCUGUUGCUCAAUCAAGUCAGCACAGGAAACAGUCUCCCAGCUUACACCAUCACAGCCCUGUCCAGACAGAGAUGCAGAGAUCCAGCUCUCUUUAUGUAAAUGGACAAUGUCGCUGGCCAGGCUGUGAUAAAGUCUUUGAAGAGUACACACAUUUUUUGAGACAUCUGAACCGAGAACACAGCACAGAUGAGAAAACUAUUGCACAAUGGCGAGUUCAGCAAGACCUGGUACAUCACAUGGAGAAUCAGCUCAUUCAGGAGAAGCAGAAACUUCACGCCAUGCAGAUCCAUCUCCAACUCUUUGAAUGCAUCUCGACAUGUACUGGAGUUGCUGCAGGCCGGUUGAGGCCACUGGCACUAAAUUUGCCCCCGUUGGGGGAGCCAGAUGGCAGGACAGAGAGAGCUAGUGAAGCACCGGUACGACAGGAACCCUGGCACAUACCCCCACCACACCUGCUGCCAGAUUUCGUUAGCAGUAUUGAAUACUACAAAUAUGCCAAUAUACGACCUCCAUAUACAUAUGCUUUUCUAAUCAGAUGGUCAAUCCUGGAAGCCCCAGAAAAACAGCGGACAUUAAACGAAAUCUACAAUUGGUUCACAAGGAUGUUUUUCUAUUUCCGUCAUAAUUCUCCUACAUGGAAGAAUGCUGUGCGACACAAUCUUAGUCUCCACAAAUGCUUUGUGCGAGUGGACGGGAGGACGGGGGCGGUGUGGACAGUGGAUGAGGAAGAGUUUCAGAAGAGGAAAGGGCAAAAAAUCAACAGGGACUACACUUUGAAUUGGCUGACACCCUUCUCUCAUUGUCCAUCCAAAGAAGCCUCAGAUCAUCAGAUGCAUCAAUAAAAGCCACAGAUCUUCAGUGAAACCUUUUACAAAUGUUUAGCGUAGUAUGAACAAAAAAUGAUCAUAAAGGAUGAGAUUGUUUGUUAAUAUUCAUUUAUGUAUAUCUAUCUGAAAAAUGUCAACAAGUCUUCCUUAAAAAACGAUGUUACUGUCUUACUAAUUAAAAAAAAAAUAUGACAAAUAUU